AUGAAGUUGUCAUCAGAUCGAGACGACGUUUGUGAUACAUUGGACGCGAGCAAGGAGUCAGAUAGGAAUCAAGACCAAUGCACAAGAGAUUCAGUUGUAAAGGCUCAUAAUCUGAUGCACUUUGAAGCACGAGCAUUGAAACUUCAUGACUCUUGCUUAGGUCGAGAGCUUCCAGAGAAUAACAAGGCAUUAGAUGACUCAGAUCCUGUCCCUACAAUGUUUGUAGAUGUUUCAAAUCAGAUUGGACAGCUAUACUUUGGGACGGUAGCUCUAGGUGAACGAAAAAGCAGACGAUUGAGGCUGAAAAAUACAAGUGAAUGGAGCAAUGCGCGUGUCAAGUAUGAAGGUUACACGAUGGGACGAGAUGGUUACAACAGUGCAUCAUCAACUGUAGCUGCUCCAAUGAAGACAAGAUUUAAGUGUGAUUUACAUCUUUGUGUGAUAAAUUCGCUCAAGGCUGUAACGCUCCGAGUUACAUUUGAACCGCUGCCGACGGAUGUUGGACGCCUCGUCACGGCCACGCUCAAGUUCACAGUGAACGAUCAGUUUAAGCUGGAAUGCAGAGCCAUAGGGACAGUGACGCCACAUCUCCCGCAACUGUCCAGGUUUAAACGCAUGCGUCGGUCAAAGCAUGUCGACACUGUUGCAUUGCGGGCAAGUAGGAAGCAGAACCUAUUGUCCAGUACAUUUACCAUGAAUACAAGACAGACGAAGAGCAGGACGUUAUCAGAGCCAAACAGCACAAUGUUCUCAAUUUCAAGUGCUCUGACAUUGAGCGAUCUUGAACCGGAGCUGGAGCCUGUAGUCACGACGGGGGCGAAGGUGGGAGAAAAACGCCGCUCGUCAGUGGCCAUUGAGUUCUCCCCACCACGAAAUGGAGUAAAACGAAGGAAAAGCGAGACGCAUGUGAGUAUGCAAAAGAUAUUCGCGCCAAAAAAAAGUUUUUAUGCUUCCCGGGAGUAUUCCUCGACGAAAAAGCCUUUUGCCGGAUCGUGGUGGAAACAGCGCCAGGAGACUUAUGACGAGAACUGGAUGGCAAAGCAGGCCGAAGGCUUUACGAGAUGGAUGAAUUACGUACUGUUGGAAAGUACAGCCCUCCGUCUGAGCGAUUGCGACGAACAAGAUGGCACACAAGAGUCAUUGGUUGGAACCAAACGCAAAUUUGAUUACACGUCGUUGCGCAUGCUUGCUCAAAAGCGCUUGGAGUUGAGUUGGGUACAAUUUGCUGUAAAAUUAUAUCGUUCGUCAAGUAUGAGUGAUGUCCUAUUUAAUCUGCAGGACGAGAUUGGCAACCAGAGGUUACGUCUUCGCGCAGACCGCCCUGUGUACGCUGACCUCAGCUUGCAAGAAGAUCUAAUCAGCCUGCUGAACAAUUACCAUCCGGUGUGGCUUUGCCUGGGAUUAUAUGCUGUGCUUGGGAAAGAAGUCAUGUCACAAGAAAAAUGCUCGUUGCGAACCAUUUUCCGCUGUACUUGUACAAAAGCAACCAUUACAGAUGUGAAAGACUCGUCAUUAGACCGGAAAAUGCCUCGUGUACUACGUCGGAUUGUCUUGAAGCAUUUGGUCAAAGAUUCGCAUGUUGCCCAAAAUUAUGGAUUGGUGAAGAAUCUCAUGGCACCACUGGAUGGCUCGACAGCGGAUCGCUACGAUGGUGGCAACGGUUUCAAGAACACCAAGAAAAACAUAAAUGGACGGGAGUACUUUGACUCAUUGACGCAGGCGUUAAUGCUCAAAUUUUUCAUGCUGGUGAUGUUUUUGGACCGUGCGGUUCAACACAGGGGAGACAAGUUUGCACAUUUUCCCUGUCUCUUUCGAAUCGCUCGUUCGACCAAAAGUACGAUACCCAUUAGGGUUCAAGACAGUAUUAAUAAAAAAGAACGUAACAGCGACGAAGAUGACGAACUGUCGGUGAAAAAGUCAAAGGUACUUGUGACAGAGUUUUGCAGACUCUUUUUGGCAAACGAAGGUCGCAUUGACAAGCAUUUGAACCAGCUAGGCUACUCACUGAAGCACGAACAAACAGCGUUGGAUGAAGUCGACCUGGAGAUCACAAACGUGGAAACCGAUCUGCGCGAUGGCGUCCGACUGGCAAAGCUGAUGGAAGCACUUACGGCGCCUGCGUCCUCCUCGACAAUUCAAAUUCCAGAAAUUACUUCCAAGCCUAAGAGCUUGUCAACGUUCUUGCGCGUGCCGGCUCAAUCGCGAUUGCAAAAAGUACACAAUGUUGAGAUUUGCCUGCAUUUCUUGCAAGACAAAUGUGGUGCAAGCGCUUUGGAUAACCUUAAAAGCAGCAGCGAGACAGACAAGAAGCGUAAACCAGCUGGACGUGUCCGUAUGUCUUCGUCAGGUUUUGCGGGUUUGCGGACUAAAGUAGAUGAAAAAAUGGUGGAAAAUCUGGCAAAAGACAUUGUAAAUGGGCACCGCGAGAAGACCCUGGCAUUGCUGUGGAAACUUAUUAGCCAAUUCCAGCUGCAAUCUCUUGUGGAUGCCCAGGCCAUGAGAUGCGAGAUUGAGAACGUCGUUAAGCGGAUGAGUUUUCGCUCGAAAGACUUUUUUGAUUUUCAACAAAAGAAUGUACCGCUCAUUUACACUGAUGAACACGAAUGCUAUGGGUUAUUGCUGGUAUGGUGUCGUGCUGUUUGUGCCAACUACUGUGUUGGUGUGAACAACUUUUCCGGGUCAUUUGCUGACGGGAAAGCACUAUGUUAUCUGCUUCACUACUAUCAUCCGAUGCUUUUAUCAAAUUCGGACGUGCUACCAACAACCAGUGAUAUAAGUGAUGCCGAUGAUCAGCAGCAGAUCAGCGAGAAAACCCUUUUAAGUAACGAACAGCGGCACUUUGCUAUUAUUAACGACCGCAUCAAGCAGCUUGGAGAGGUUCCAGUGAUCAUGCCUCGACAAUACAAUACAAAGAACCCGCCGGAGGAGAAGAUAGUAGUAACGUUCGUUUGCUACUUGCAAUCACGUCUGAUGGACUCAUGCAGUGAGAUCCACGCUGCCUAUAGGCUAAAACGAUGGUGGAAGAGCCCGCUGAUCCGAUUGCGACUGCUUCGUAAAAAGAAUAGUAGUGCUCGAAUUAUUCAGCGGUUUUGGUACACGUCCAGUCAGAAACGAUUAGCGAUUCGUCAGUGCCGUAAACUCUUACGAGCAGCACACUAUGUAAAAAGCACAUUGCUCACCUGGGUGACCAGAAAGCACUUCCUGCAGCUUCGGAAAGCGGUAGGUACCAUACAGACGACGUUCCGCACUCGUCGGCAACUGCGCAUGAAUGGAGAUUUGCUUGAUGCAGCUCAAAUAGUCCAGUGUUGUUGGCGGAAAUACCUCAAACGGAGGCACCAGAAAAGCAAGCUGAAGGCACAGCAGGCUCUACACCACGAGGUCGCAGACCACGUUCUUGCGAAGGUCAGCUGUGGUGUCAUCGAGCAACACUGGCUGCAGCAUUUGUCUAGAGAGGGCGCUCGUCUUGUUCGACAACAAAUAAUUGCUGACCGUCAUGCAGCUGUUUCUCGUGUUCAAGUUGCUUGGCGACGAGGUCGUUUGCGUGUCGCUGCAAGGAUGCACCGUGCACAAGCGUGGCGACGAGAGCAUCAGGCGGCACAAGUCAUUCAAUUGGCUUGGGGUUCCUUUCAACGCCACCUAGAAGAAAGCAAACGGAUCCUGUCUUUCCGGCGCUUUGAGCAACUAAUGAAAACGGAAGAGCUUCAGAAGAGACAGAUGAAGCUAAAAUGCAAAGUAGAGAUGCGUGCUGCCAACUGUAUCCAGAGAGGUUUUCGUACGUUUAUGUUCCGGAAGCGAGAGGUAGCAGCAACCAAGCUUGCAAGCGCAUUCCGUGGUGCAACGUUGAGAUUGCACUUUCGCCUGGAGAAACGUGCUGCUGUAGUUCUGCAGCGCAAUGUUCGUGUGUGGCGUCGGAGGCGGCAGCUUUGUGCGCUAACGCACUUUUACGGUGUGUUGAAGAUCUACCAGCGAAACAGAGCAAACGAAACGCAACAACGCGUAUCUCAAGAGAUUCAAUUUAAGGUGGAAACGAAGGCUGCGUACCACAUUCAAAACGUUUACCGAAGUUUUCGAUCCCAGAAGCGAACGUUUGCUGCAACACGAAUCCAAAGCGUGGUGCUAGCAUGGUUAACUAGGAAGUGGUACUCCAGUCUCCAGCAGAGCGCAUGCUUGUUGCAGAAGAACAUUCGGACAUGGCGCCGUCAAAAACAGCUUCGAGUGCUGCUGGCUUUUGGAGGUUUGCUUUUACGGUACCGGCGCAUGCAGCAAGACGAGAAAGAACGACAAGAACGUAUCCGCCAGGAUCGUCUUCGACGCUUACAGAAGUGUGUAAAGCAUCGUGCAGCGCGCCACAUCCAGUCAGUUUAUCGAUCUUACGCGUAUCGCAAACGAAUGCUUGCAGCUACUCUCAUUCAUGCGGUUUUUCGUGGCUUCAAAGAGCAACAGCGAUAUGCCAAGAAGCGUACAAGUGUGGUGGUAAUGCAGCACUCGAUUCGGUCGUGGCUGGUGGUGAGGAAGUUCCAACGAGCGAUGUAUCAUCACCGUGCUUCUGUUAGCAUUCAGAAGUGCGUGCGCGGAUGGAUAUCGCGUUGUCGGUUCAACUUUUACGCCCUUCAGACUCAACUGAAACGGAUGCAUGUGCUGAUGUCCUGCUGGCAGAUCGAACGGUGGUACAUAGACCGCAUGAUGAAGUACCACAAAAAGCGUACGUUAGUGAUACGAUCUCACUGGACGCGACUCAGCGCUGGUAUUGUACGAAAACGUAGUGGUGAUGCAAACAAAAUUGCGAUGUGCUGGCAAUCAUUCUGCUUUCGGAGUCUUAUGAACGCACGGAUUCAGCGACGACGGCAGAUGAAUGAUGCUGCUCACUGUGUGCAGGUAUGGUGGCGGGGAUGCUGCUGUAAAUGGAUAGAACGUCAGCGGAUGGAAGAGAUGAAACGCCAGUACGAAAUGGAAGCGUUGACAUUGGCGAUGGCCAAGUCGCGCGCAGGACGUAUCUUAGCCUUGUGGCUUUACGAAAAGGCAAUACUGCCAUCACGCGAAAGUAAUUGCCACCUCGUGGCAGUGAUGAAGCUUCAGGCGUGGUGGCGUGGCACCUUAAUUCGCUUGUACCACAGCACCCCUGGGAUUAUUCAGCAGCGCGAGAAGCUAUCAACAAUGAAGUUGAUUGGACAAGAGCGGCACGCUGGGUCCAACACUUCAUCGACCAGUCUGCAGCAGUUGAGGCUCAAGCCCAACGAGGAGAGGAGCGUUCAGUCAGAGCAGCGACAGACGUUGGGUGCACGACUCGAUAUGGCCUUGUACAUGCUACUGCACGGAAAGCGACUGCAGGACAUGCUGUUUGCAAGUCAUACUAUCGAAGUCUGUACUCGAUAUUCACGUGAAUGUUGCCGCAAGUGCGUUCAGCUACAGAUCUCGUCGACCAUUUUUGCAGCAAUCCGUGGUUUGAAUCGCAGCCGCCCGCACGUAGAACUACUGAACCAGUUGCUGCUCGUUCUGAAAAAUCUAACGGUGUAUCGGCGUUCUGUCGAAAGGAAUAAUCCGACGCGGAUGGUUGCUAGUGAAGAUGCCAAGGGCCGACUUGACGUGGACCUGCGUGCUUUGGAUACACUGGUAGACUUGCUGCACAUUCAUCGAGACAUGCAUCACGUGUUUGUGCUGUCCGCGGAUGUCAUUGCGUAUUAUUUCGAGUCAUUGAAACCUCUGGCACGUAGGAACACUGAUGUGCAAGAGAGUUGGAGUGAAGCUGAGAAGCGGCUAAGGGGUUUGCAGGAACUUUUGUUACGGAAGCUGGCACUAUACAACGCAACGGUCUCAUUGAGACGUGUGAAUGAUGUCUUUGACAAGAGCAACGCAAACAAUCUCAUGAGGAAAAUGAACCCGAAGACAGCCGUAUCUAUCAUGGAGCAGCUCACAGUGCUGCUAGCUUAA